GUCGAAGCGUAAAAGAGAUGGUUUAAAGAGUCGACUCCUCGGCCCACGACGCAUGCGUGUUGUGUCGUUGUUAUGAAACAGCAGUGUGUAUUCUGACACUUUCACAGAGAUGACCUGAAAUUCCUACUGUUAGGAGAUUAAAAAGACACUAAAACUCUGAGAUAUGUCAGAUUCAGCAGACCACACGAUGGAGGCGGAGCCUCUAAAAAACCACCAGGAAGAAAUGGGUGGGCCUAAUGGGCGGGGCUGUACAGGGAAAGUGGGCGUGUCUAAGCUGUCAGGGUGGCGCACGGCAGCGUUCCUGCUCUCGAUGUUCAUCUGCCUGGGUGUGGUGUUCGCCUUCUCCUUUAUCCUGCCCUGUCCGGUCAGACCCCAGUACGAGCCCACCUGGAACCUGACUGUACCUGCAGCAGUGACAUACGACUUCCUAGCUAUUGGUGAUGCGAAUAAAGACAAAGUGCUGGAUGUGUUCCUCAUCUAUAAGAGCUCAGAGGGUCUCAAGAACCACACCUGCAUCGGAGAAGGUCUGUCCUCUCCAUGUCUCUUUAUCCUGGCUGUUGAUGGCACUGAUGGGAAGUUGCUAUGGGAAACCCCUCUGGUUGCUGAAUUUGAUUGGGCAGAAUGUGGAGUGGGUGGAGCCAAAGGUAAAGAGGGGAACCUGUGUGUGGUGGCUCACGCUGGUUAUCUCACCACCACUGACAUACACACAGGUAAAAUCCUCUCUAGCUCUUUGGUCAGUAACAGUAACCCUCCGGUCAUCAGUCUGCCUGAUCUGAACAACGACAAAACCACUGACUUUGCAGUGCUGGCUUCAGCGACGGAGCUGGUCUUCUUCUCAGGUAAAUCGGGUGACAUGAUUGGCUCCAAGGUAGAUGUGGGUGUGGCUUCGAGGGAAAUGAAGUCUCACCUGCAGUUCAGCACUGUGAGUGAAGCGCAGUACCUCCUGCUCCAUACAGUCAGAGGGCUGUAUGCAGUGAGUUUGGGAAGGUUGGCUGCGAAGCCUCGCUCUGGCCUCGACUCCAAUCUGAAGAGCGAGAAAAGCUGGGAGCAAAGAGCCGAUAGCGAGGGAUUCAUCACACUAUACGACUCCGCCCCUUUGCAGUCUGUAUUGAAGGUAAGAGGAGGAUAUUCAAGCUCCUCCCCCUCACUCCUGCUUCAGACAAACUCCACUGUGAUGCUUUUUGACACACAGAAACUCAGCAUUACCUGGACUACAAACACAAGCAAACUGAUAAGUACUCCAUCAUUUGGACAGUUCAACAAAAAUGGAGUUCCUGAUAUUGUGCUUGAGGAAGACCAGGGAAACGACACCAAGAGAGUGGUGAUUGUAGAUGGACAGGAGGGCAGUGUGUUGUGGGAGGUGUUCUUGCCGUUCCACUUUAACUAUCCACAGCCAGCUUCUGUUCUCAGCCUCAACUACUACUCUGUGUUCAUGCUGUGGGGAGACACACACACACACACCGAUAACAUGAGCUCGGAGGUGGAGGAUCACUCCUCGUAUCUGCUCCACCCACUGCAUUCUGAUGUCCUGCUGGAGAGGAGAAACCCCGCCCAGCACAUUAUCACCUCUAAAGCACUCCUGCUGGAACGAGGCCGUCACGCGUGUUACCUCGUACUAUCCGGAGAGGACGGAGCGCAGAACAAAGGGGCGGGGCUUGACAGAAUGCAGCCAGUGGUCUUGACCAAGCGGAAGAUCAAAGAAGACGUCUCUGAGAGCAGUGUGAUAGGAGUGGGCGGGGCUGGCAGACUGGGUGGAGACGUCUCCGGACAGGCGGAGUCUGUGAAGGAGGCGUUUUACAGGCUGAGGUUCAGCGACCAAACUCAGUGAUGUUUAAAUUCACAAACGUCUCUGAGUGUGUGUUGUUGAUUUGACUUGGGGAGUGUGUGUGUGUGUAUAUGAGGUUAUUGGUGUGAGGUGAUCAAUAUGCGAUCUGUGUGUGUGUGUGUGUGUGUGUGUGUGUGUGUGUGUGUGUGUGUGCUGGACAGGGAAAGGGAACAGCUCUCAAAUAGUGCACUCAGACAUUUAGCCCCAACUCUGUCAUAUACAAUUGUUUUGUCCAGAACACACACACACACACACACAGUCUUCCUUUUGCUGUACAUAUUUAGGAGCUACACUGUAUUCUGUACCUUGACCAUUACUACUCGUUCUGCUGUAACCCUCGUGCACCAGGUCUGGAUCUCUGAAGCUCUCGUCCCCUCGGUUCACUUAAACCCUAACACUAAUACCUGUGCACUAAGUCUUGUCCCAAUUCACUACACCGGACACCAUGACCACAGCUCCUCCUCAGAUAUCCUAGUGCACUAGGUGUAGUGCACCCUAUUCACGACGCUGUACCCUCUAUGCACUGGUCAGAAGGUUCUUGUCCUCUUUCACGUGCUCUAGACUGCUCUCUGUGCCUUAAAUAAACACUGUAAAUGAGACACGACCUUCACCACCUCCAGCUGUGAAAACAGGAGACAAUCGAGAUGUUUAAUCAGAAAUAAAUCCAGAAACACAAAUCAGAAGCACUUUAUCAGGGAAAAUGACCACUGUAGUGUUGGUGUAGAUGUUUGACCACACACUGGGUCAGCUCUAAACACUCGUUUAGGCACUAAAAGAUAUCUUCCGACUCUCAGCCUUCAUCCUGCAUCAUGAUAUGAAAUAAAAUGUAAUCAGACACAAUGAGGAAAAACGAACGCACUCUUUCUACUGGACAGUGUGUGAUGUAGACGCUGAACUGGACGUCCGUAAAUGUCCUUCCUUAGCAACAUUAGCAUUAACAUUACCUCCACAAAGCUAAGGCAGGAAACCAAACUUCACACACUGAACAUGUUACAGGCUGCAGUGAGUGUGUGUGUGUGUGUGUGUGUUAAUGAACCAAAGCGGCUGAUUCAAACCCAAAGCCACUGUGUGCUGUAAUGAUUAGCGCUGAUCCUGUGUAGCGAACACACCGUGCCUUACAGCUCCCUCACACACUGUGACUCCCAAACAUUCACUGGGCUCUAACGGCUACUUUAUUUAUUUUUAUUACAAAUCUGAUCAUGUAGGUCACUCUUAUACUGAGGUCAAGGCAUGCAAACUGACCGUGAAGAGAUAUUCGAAGAAAACAGGAAAACUAAUCGCUCACAGAAAAAAAGAGAAAGUGUAGAGAUAAAAAAAUGGAUAGCUUUAGAAGAUAAAUAAUGGAAAGCAAAUGUAAAAUAAACAUGAUGAAAAACAAAAAAAGGAAAAAAAUAGGUUAAAGAAAAGAAAAA